UCCGUUCGGCACGGGCAGCUGCUGCUCUCCAGCGGGCUCCCCUCCUUGGACUGUGUGCUAGGUGGAGGCGUAGCUGUUGGAACCCUUCUUCUAAUUGAGGAAGAUAAAUACAAUCUUUACUCCAAUUUGUUGUUCAAGUGUUUUCUCGCAGAGGGAGUUGUCUGUGGACAUGACUUAUUUGUUGCUUCUGCUAAAGAGCAUCCUGACAACAUCUUAAAGGAACUUCCAGCCCCUUUGCUUGAUGAUAACUACAGAAAUGAACCAGGAGAAGAAACAACAGCUGUUAAGUCUGAAGAUUUUCAAGAUUCUAUGAAAAUAGCCUGGCGCUACCAAAAUUUACCAAAAAUGGAGGCCAGCCCAGCAACAUCUACAAAGUUUGGCCAUUAUUAUGAUGUUUCUAAAAAAAUGUCUCCCGAACUGUUCCGGUCCAUAAAAUGGCACAGUUUUUACCUUCCUGAAAAAUUGUCUUCAGAGCCUAAAAUGAAAGCAGGUAAAAUGAACAGUGCUUACACCAGGCUGCUUCAGUCCAUUCAGCAGAUCAUUUACCAGGAAGGCUUUGAUGGCUCUGAUCCCCAGAAAAAACAAAAGAAUAUUUUGCGGAUUGGAAUUCAGAAUCUGGGCUCCCUGCUGUGGGGUGAUGACAUUUGUAGCAGUGAGACUCCUGAAGAUAUUCACAGCCUUACAAAAUUUCUGUAUGUUCUCCGAGGCCUCCUCAGAAAAUCUCUGUCAGCCUGCAUUAUCACAGUGCCUGCUCACCUUAUCCAGAAUAAAGCAAUUAUGGAACGUGUAACAAACUUGUCAGAUGUGGUAGUUGGUCUUGAAUCAUUUAUUGGCUCUGAGAGAGAAACCAAUCCAUUAUACAAGGAUUACCACGGUUUGGUUCAUGUACAUCAGAUUCCUCGGCUUAAUAGCUUGAUCUGUGAUGUGUCAGACACGAAGGACCUUGCUUUUAGAUUAAAAAGGAAGCUGUUCACCAUUGAGCGACUGCAUUUGCCUCCAGACUUGUCAGACACAGUGAGCCGCACAAGCAAACAGGAUCUGGCAGAAUCCGCCAAACUGCUGAGCUCAGGAUGUGGUGCUAUGGCCAUCGGCAAGAAGCACCUGGACUUCUAG